UCUUCUCGCUCGCACAGAUCCACCUCCAAGUGCCUCAUCCGUUCCCCUGGCUUUCUGGCGAGGGUUGCCUUCUCUUGUCUGUGUGACGGCCAGUCAGCAUCAGCCGCCCGCAAAGCUCGAGCACUUAGGCGAAAUUGACACGUGAAGAUAGUCGAUAGUCACCAUCAGGCCAACCCACCGCCCGCCCAACCUCGACCACGCCUGAUCCCUUGAGCUUCUCCCGCGGCCCUGCGCGACCGCUGCGCCGCCAGACUUCAUUCCUUGACCGCCGUCGCCCACGUCACCUGCCGGGCUCGUCACUGUACGAGCUUGGCGACGACGGCAUCCGCACAUGUGGUCAACAGCAACGAGAGUAGUCUCGUCUACUACCUUUCUCGGCGCCAUCAUAUUCACCAUCCCCCUCGCCUUUGACAUUGGCGGCCGGACAUGCGGCCUGGCCUUUUCCCUGUCCCUCAGCGCCUACUACUUCCUCUACUCGAUCCUCCGCUUGGCCACGCCAAACACCUCUCGCUUCCGCUGGUUCCUGUGCAACGUCGUCGCUUGGGCGCAAUGGCUGGCCAUACCCACGCUAUUGAUCUGGAGCCUCAACAAGUUUUCUAUCGAUGCCAACAAUAACUCGGACUGGGUCGAGCGUACCUUUGGCGGCAAGCGUGCCGACUUUGAGAGUGUGCACGAAUGGAUAUUUGGGGCUGAAGGUCUGCUGGAGAGUUUCUCAAUUGGUGCCUGGGACAAGACGCUCAGGUACAGCACGCCUGUGUUCCAGGUAGCCGAGGGCUUCUGCAGUCUGUUGGUUAUUCAGGCUGCAGGGCAGAUUACACGAUGGGUGGUGAACCGGGAGCGCGGCGACAGCUGGAUGAUUGGUCUGCUCAUCACCUCUGCCUCCAUCAUCUCAACCUCUGUCUACUUUUUGUGGCGCAUUACCACCUUUCCUGAGAUUAGCAAUGUGGAUGCUAUUUUGAUUGGCGUUGCCAUUACGACUGCCAGCUACCUCGGUGGCUGGGGCAUUGUUAGCGCACGAGGAAACCCGGUUGAAUCCUCGCUUUUGUUUGCCUAUGUCACUCUCUGCAUCUACCAAAUCUUUACCGACUACCAGCCAUCUCCGGGCUCCGUGAGUGAAUCCAACGUCUCAUCCGAGCCCGCUCUGCCUCCACUGCCACCGAUUAUCAUGGCUUCGUACACGACGCUCCUCCACGCCCUUGGUUCUCUCCCCACUAUUGCCCACACCGGCUUCAACCUCAUGGUCGGUGCCAUCAUGACCAUUACGCCCUCGGUCAUCAUCUCCCUGGCCUACCGCGUGUUUGUCAUGUACGCCGCAGCUCGCAUUAUACCCGCCAUCCGAGAAAGCGGCGCACGUGCACUAUCGCAAGAGCCCAGCCUGGACGACGAUGACGAAACGUCCAAGAUUCUCGGUUUCCUGACGUGGUUCAGCCCCAGCAUCAUCAUUGCCGUCUACACGAGUCUACUCAUGCAGCACUUUGCCAGUGGAAACGGCGGGGAUGGCAGUGCGGUGACGGGCGAGUGGUGGACCAAUCAGGGUGGUGAUGCCGGCGGCAACUUUUGGCGAUGGAUCAAUCUCGGCAUUACCAUGGGUCUUUAUGCGAUUGAGCUGAAGAUUUCGAAUGCGGAUGAUGAUGGAAGGUUAACAAGUCACUGGAAGGUUGACUAGACGGGCAUAUGAGGUGGGAGAAGGCUGUGUCUUAUCGGGUUUACUCGCUGUGGAGGAGGAAAGAUGGAGAUGCGCAGGGUUGGAGAGAGGAUAGAGAGGGGGUCUGAGCAAAGUUCAGACAACGAGGGGCAAGCUGCGCGGAUGUGUUAAAAGGAGGAGGUGAGCCAUGCUAGAGAGAGCAUGAGCAGUUGCUUUGGUCGGAGAAGCGACAUAUGGCGUGUGUGCGCAAUGGCUGGGUCGUUUGAGAGAGAGAGAGAGGCAGAG